CUCUCCGAGAAGACGCCGAAAAUUUUUCCAGCUCGAGCUCCGGGAUUCAAGCCCCAAAAAGACACUAUAAAAGACAGUUUCUGGUACUUGCAGGGGCAAGAAAUAAACAUGGAAGAGUCUGCAGCUCCCUCAAGCGCGUACGCGGCCGCUGGUGCCGAGGCAAGUGCUGAGGCGGGGGAGGGUGUGUCUGGUCCCGGCCUUCCCGGGUCUGAGGCCUCCGGGGAGUCUGCAGCAGUUGGUUCAGUGCCUCCGCAAGAGGCUUUGGGCCUGGCACCGCUCCUUGUGGCUCCUGGCCCAGCGCACCUCCGCACUGCGAGUUUGCGGCCAGCUCAAGCUGCAGGGGGCGGAGCCAGGCCUGGUCCCCUGCCUGAGCGCAACAGCGGCAGCUGGACAAAGCAAAUCCUCUGCAGGUACUAUCUUCAUGGGCAGUGCAAGGAGGGGGAGAACUGUCGCUACUCUCACGACCUCUCUGGGCGGCGGAAGGCCAAGGGGGGGCAAGAUUCUCAGCCUAGGGCCUCUGCAGACAGAGGACCCAAGAUGGCCGCUGACAGGGAGCCCCCGACUCAGGAAGAGGCGGAAGCCCCCCCUACUGCAUCCUCAAGCUCCUUGCCUCUGAUUGGCUCAGCUGCUGAAUGGGGCUUCUCUGAAUCCGAGACUGACAAUGCAGGCUUUGCAGACAAUGCAGGCUUUGCAGACAAUGCAGGCUUUGCAGCUGCAGGUGGAGCGGGUGCAGAAGGAUGGGAGGGGGCUAUUGAGUUUGUUCCUGGACAGCCCUACCGAGGUCGCAUGUUCCCCCCGCAAGGUCCUGAGGCUCCUCCACAGAGCCCAGUGAUUGCGAGAGAGCAGAUGGCUGUGGGCGUGGGGAUGCCGCUUUGCCGCUAUGCUGCCAGGGGAGAAUGCCUUCGUGGGGAGAGGUGUGCAUAUCCCCAUGGAGAUAUAUGUGACAUGUGCGGGCACCAGGUCUUGCACCCUUUGGAUGCAGCCCAGCGGGAAGCCCAUAGAAGGGCCUGCAUUGAAGCACAUGAGAGAGAUAUGGAACUCUCGUUUGCUGUGCAGCGCAGCAUGGACAAGGUGUGUGGCAUCUGCAUGGAGGUUGUCUAUGAGAAAGCUGACCCCAGCGACCGCCGCUUUGGCAUCCUUUUCAGCUGCAAUCACACCUUUUGUCUUAGGUGCAUCCGCAGGUGGAGAAGUGCCACACAGUUUGAGAAUAGGAUCAGUAAGUCCUGCCCACAGUGCAGGGUCUCCUCCGGCUUUGUCAUUCCUAGUGAGUUCUGGGUGGAGGAGGAAGAGGAGAAGGAGAAACUUAUUCAGCAAUAUAAGGAGGGAAUGAGUAACAAGGACUGCCGGUAUUUUGCUGGAGGAAGGGGCCACUGCCCCUUUGGAGAAUUCUGUUUUUACAAGCAUCAAUACCCUGAGGGCUGGGGAGAUUAUUUUCGAAGGCCAGGUGGUGGUGGAUCAUCAAGCGCAUACUGGCAUCAAGUUUUGGAGCCUGUGCAAUUGCGAGAGGGAAACUUGCUCUUUAAACGCCGUAAAAAGGAGCUCGCCUUGCUUCGCCUGGCCAGCCAGUUAUUUAAGAAGUUUCUUGCCCUGAGAGCUGGUUUUCCCCUCUCUGAUGAUCAGUUGUUCUCACUUCAGUUCCAGCUGGAAGAAUAUUUUGAUGUGAAUCCGUAGCAUCAUGCUGUGGCCUGUGGUCUAGUCUGCUGAGGUUCUUUUGUCUGCUGUUGCUUAUUUACCUUUAUUGACUGACAACCUAUUGCUUUCAGAGGCUGUUGAGGCAAUCUUUAUGCAGUAUUGCUGUGUUCUCUAUUCCUCCUUUCUUCCCAGUAGGAUUAUGAUGCUUCCCUGUGUUACAAAAUAACAAAAAUCUUAAAAAUAUUGUUCAGUGGAAUUAGUAUUUCUGUCAGUUGAUUGCUUGUGUCAUGUCUGUUUCCAACAGGAUUCACUCAAUUCUAGUGUUUACAGAAUUUCUCAUUGUGAAGUCCCAUACAUGUAAUUGUGAAGAAGUGACAGAAGUCUUUAACUGAAUUAUGAGCUUUUUGCUAUAUAGCCUUAAGAAAUGGACCCUUGCAGGGCCUUGCAGCUGCUGUCUGUGUUUGUUUACAUGUGUUUCUUCCCUCCUCUUUCAAGUGCACUUGUUAAAUUGUGGUUACUUUGUGAUUCUGUUUUACUUGACCAAAAUGAGGUGCAUAUGUUUACAUGUUUUUAUCCUGUUCAGCUUGAUGUGAAUUAUUUAUA